AUGGGCUGGAUGGCCAAUACCGAUAUUCAGCCACCGACGAGCCUACGUGCAGUGUUGUCGUAUAUAGGCAAGUACGUCUCCAAGCCUGAAAAGUCUUCUACGUCGUAUACUGAACUACAGGCCCAGGUCCUUCCCUAUAUGAACGACCGAGCGCCCCUACUGUCCUUUGUAUCUAAGAUGCUUAACAAGUUGAUCGGAGAACGCGACUGGUCAGCGCAAGAGAUAUCGCACAUCCUCUUACAGCUCCCAGUCCAAAAAUCCUCACGUAUGCUCGUGGGCUUGGACUGUCGCCCGGAUAACGUCCAGCGUGACCUGAUUGUCCUUGAGUCGGGAGAGGUGACGGCCCAGCGUUUGGUACUGCGGAGGUAUCAAGACCGACUUGCGGACACGAAGCAUGGAAAUGCGGCCCUCGUCGAUCUCUCGCUUUUUGACUGUUUACGGCACUGGGAUUGGCUAACGUGGAAGGUUCGACCCCGAGCCAGCCCGCGAGUGAUUAAUUACUACCCCCGGUACUUGAACGAUCCGGAAUCUCCUGACUAUUCGGACUACUGCCGGGUGAGGCUGAUGCUCCAUCACCCAUUUGUAGAUUGGGACGACCUGUUGAUGGUGGAUGGUCGGGUGUAUGGGUCCUAUAUCGAUGUUUUUCGGGCCUGUCUCCGCUCGCAUACUCGCCCGUGUCGCCGCUCGCAUGCUCACCCGGAAGACUUCUAUACGGAUCCGGACCCGGAAUCUGGGGCGUCGGACACGGAGAGCGAUGAGGAUUCCGAGGAACAGGCGGAGGACCACCCUUUGGCGGACUUUGAAGCAUUUGCUCGCCGGAGACCGCAUGAAGAUUUCACUCGUGUCGACUUGCUCGAUAGUCUAGGCUCCCGGGAGAUGGACCGUGACUACGAUUGGUCCUCCCACGUCGGCCGUUACGACAUAUCCCCUGACAUCUGGGACCAGGUCAAGGCCGAAAACCCGAUUGCACAAGUAGUUGCGAUGGAUCCAUCGCCCUUCCCUUUGAAUCGAGAACAGAGGAUGCUGUACGAUGCUGUGGUGAGUCAAUAUUCUCAGGAACUUGCCUUGGAUGCCCCAGUUCCCCGUCAGCUCCUUCUCAACGUGGACGGGGUUGCGGGAUCCGGGAAGACCUUCACCCUCCUCAAAACGUGUGCGCGGAUUCAAGAGCUCGCACUCGAGGCCGGACGGCAGAACCCAGUCUUCCGAGCUGCUCCUACAGGCAUUGCCGCGUUCAACAUCAUCGGCAAGACACUCCACAGUCUCUUGCGGCUCCCGGUUAAGGGGAAGAAGUCAGAUUUGUCAGUCGCUACCUUGCAGUCUUUGCGGUUGCUACCUUGCAGUCUUUGCAGGCCCUGUUUCGGGACUGCCGCUUCCUGA